CCCGUUAGCAUGGUUAGCUUGUUAUGAGCGUGUCCAGGAGGUUCUGGUUCUGUUCAGCAACAAUGUGUUCCGUUGAGCCUCUGAGAGAGUUUAUCAGAGAGAGACUAACUGCUGCUGCUGAAGAAAUCUUCACCCAGCUGGAAAAAACCAUCGUCCAGUACGAGGAGGAGAUCGACCGGCAGCGGAGACUGCUGGACCUCAGCUGGAGACCCCGAACCGAGCCGAACCCCGCAGUUCUCCCGCAGACCUGCACCUGCAGGCGGGUUCUAGACAAGAUGAGCUCCGGUCUGGACCUGGAGGAACCAGAACUCCCACAGAUUAAAGAAGAACAGGAGGAAUCAGAGCCUGAGCUGGACAAAGAUGAAUAUGUAGAAGUGCACAUCAGUGAGGAUGAAGAGGAGCUGGGGCUGAAGCAGGAAACGGACCCAGACGAACCAGAACCAGAGCAGAACCAGGCUCGGUCCCAAAGCUCUGCAGAAGCUGAGAAGGUGGAUCAGAAAGGAGGUGAUGAAGAAGCAGAGAAGGAACCUGACGGGGUAGGAACGUCUGCCAAUUCUGAGGCUGGGGCUGGUUCUGACCCGAAUAGAAAACCCUCUCAGUGUGACGUGUGUGGAAAACAUUUCACUCAGAGUUACAACAUGAGGGCUCAUCGCCGGAUCCACUCAGGCGAGCGGCCGUACUCCUGCCAGGUCUGCGGGAAGAACUUCAUCAAGUACGACAACAUGCUGGUCCACAUCAGAACCCACACGGGUCAGAAACCUUACUCCUGUCCGACCUGCAGCAAGCGCUUCAGCCAGCGCAGCAACCUCACCUUCCACAUGAGGAUCCACGUCGGCGACAAGCCCUUCACCUGCAACACUUGCGGGAAGAGCUUCACCUCCAGCGGCCACCUCACCAUCCACAGGAGAACCCACACAGGAGAGAGGCCCUACCUGUGCAACGUCUGUGGGAAGAGCUUCAGCCAGAGCGGCGGCCUGUCGGCCCACCGGAGGACUCACACCGGUGAGCGGCCGUUUACCUGCAAGGUGUGCGGCAAAGCCUUCAUCAGGAGCGACGAGUUGCUGGUCCACAUUCGGAUCCACACCGGGGAGAAGCCGUACACCUGCAAGAUCUGCUCUCGGAGCUUCGCCCGCAGUUGCCACCUGACCACCCACAUGAGGACCCACACCGGGGAGAAGCCCUACUCCUGCCGAAUGUGUGGAAAGAGCUUCAGCGAGAAACGCAGCCUGACUGCCCACGUCAGAACGCACACAGGCGAGAGGCCGUUCUCCUGCGACAUCUGCCACAAGGCCUUCACAGACAGACGCAACCUGGCCGCUCACGCCAGGACCCACACGGGCGAGAAGCCCUUCUCCUGCUGCAUCUGUGGAAGGAGCUUUGCAGAGAACCGGAGCCUGACGGGCCACAUGGCCACACACACGGGCGAGCGGCCAUUUUCCUGCAAAGUCUGCCAAAAGGGCUUCAGUCAGAGCGGCAAGCUGGCCACUCACAUGAGGCAACACAGAGAAGAGAACGUUUAGGUGCACCUGCUGAUUUUAUUCAGAAGAAGAAACUGGAAAGCAGAAGAAGCUCCUUAAGUCACUGUAUUUGUAGCAGCAUAAAAUACCUCUAGGGAAUAAAUUUGGUUGGUGUUAAUAAGUCAUAUUUAGGGCUUCUGUUUAAAUAAAAAUAAAAAAUUCAAAGUCCAGUUCUGGUGUCCUGAGCAACAGAAUUGAGCUCAGAGCCUCUUCUCACAAAGGAACUCCUGGCUAGGUCGCCAUAUUUAGCGCUGGACUCGCUAGGUGGUCCGACUGCAGGGACGACUCUCCCAGAUCUGUCCUCUUGUUUACACGAAGGUGUCCGUCUCAACGGUUCUGGGUUGAACCGGUGGAAGUGCGAAGUGAUGUGUGAUUGGUCAGGAGUUUGUGGAUGUGUUUUAUGUAGAAAUGCGCUAAGACAGCAGUAUUGAUAUUUCACUAGUUCGCUUCCACUAUCUGGUUUGUGUAUCUGCAGGCGACACGAAUACAUGUGUAGCCGGGGCAUUUUGUCCCUGGAAGUAUGUUCCUGCGCACUCUUCCUGUUACCCAUAUAUGGAAGACGCUGUUACAGAGCAUAAAACCUGACUCGACUGAUUACCUGACUCGUUAUGGAGGCAGGUAAUCAGCACCCAGCAGGUAGAUCGCUGAGGAGACCAGAGGUAUGAUCCUUAACACUGGUCUUGGUUUUGUUUCUGAUUCCUCCCCUUCAUUUCUGAAGGCAACAUCCUUUUUAGAGGGAGUGACACACAGAGCGCCGUUGACUGAUUUCACUUCUGAGGAGGUAAAAGCCACUUAUUUUAUUGUUUGGCUACUUAAGGUGCUUGUCUAUCUUUGUCCCUUUUGUGUGUAGGUUGGGCUGCUACUGUUUCAGUUUAGUUUAGUUCAAAUUAGAAUUAUUUCUUCUUGGUAGAUAUUAUUGAUUAAAAUUAGUGGUGUGCUGAUUGCAGGGGCGCCAUAUUCGGGGGAAAUGUAGGACAAUUCCUAAUGUGGAGGGCCCCUAACCAACAGAGGGCCCUCCACAAUUUAUUUAUGUAUUUUCAUAGAAAUAACAAAAAAUUGGGCCCCUGUCAAUAACAAAAUUAGUCAUAUUGUGUUUUCUAAGAUUGUUUUUAGCAGUAAAAAUCAAAUGUUCUCCCUCCCAGACCAAAAUGCACAUAUCCACCCUGAACCUCCUGGAUCUGCAGGAAAUGGUUUCUUCCUGCUUGGAGCUUCAGGUGUUCAGCAGCAGACAGUGGAAAACAGGAACGGCUGUGGCUGUUACUAUGCUGCUAAGAAAUAUAACAAAGUUAGGUUUUCAAAAAAUAGAGACAGAGAGAGAGA